GGCUUUAAAUGAUAUUGUCUUUACAGUAGAAUACUAGUAAAACUUAAAGGAGACGUAGAAGAUGAUAAAUGGCGACGAUAGUGAUAACAGUGAUGUAAAAGAAUCCUCAACAAGAGAAUCUGGAGCAUUACGUCAUGUCCUCCCCUCUCUUUCCCCCCCUCCCGCCCCCCGUCUUCCCGUUCUCAACUGUGAUUGGCUCCUCACUCUAGCGAUUUCGAAAUCUCAUUGGCGGAUCCCGAAUCUGCUGCUGCUGCUGCUGCGGCCCUGACACAGGACAGGAGGAGCAGCAGCAGGAUGAACGGGAGGAGGGGGAGCGAUGCUGCACAUAAAAAAGGGGUCCAAAAAUCAGAACCUGGAUCAAGCGAACCAACAUUAGUAUGAGAACUGCCAUUAACCGGCAAAUUCCCCGAUCCUGAAUCGGAAUCUGCGUGUCAUUCUACUCCGUCUGUCAGGAGGAGCUGUAGGCGAUCAAGUGGUGUCGGAGACUCUGCUGGUGCUACUGACUGUCUCCAAGUGUUCAUAUUUUAAUCAGUUCUCCUCCUGGGUAUGUCCAUCAUGGGCGCUGCAGUUCUUUUCAAAGCCCUUCUCUGCCUGUUGACAUCGCCAUUGCUUUCUGAAGUAGUUGGAUCUGCUGAAGUUGGCCCUGUAGUCCUCUGCCCUCUGCAGUGUGUGUGUGAGACCCGGCCCUGGUACACACCUCAGUCUGUUUAUCAUCAGGCCCGAACCGUGGACUGCAACGAACUUCAUCUGAGCAGAGUUCCCCCCAACGUAUCAUCCGACACACAGGUUCUUCUGCUGCAGAGUAACAACAUCUCAUUGAUCGUGACUGAACUUCAGAGUCUGACAAACCUGACGGAGCUGGACCUGUCUCAGAACCACUUCACACAGGUGAGCUCCAUGGGUUUGAGUUCUCUGGGUCGCCUGGUUACUCUCUACCUAGAGGAGAACCGGAUCCAGGAGCUGUUGGACUUCAGUCUUAGGAACCUAAGCAGCCUGGAAGAGCUUUAUCUCAACCACAACCACAUCACCUCCAUCGCACCGGAUGCCUUUGCUGGGCUUAACAACCUGCUGAGGCUCCACCUGAACUCAAAUCGGCUCAUAGCGAUUGACAGUCGCUGGUUCGAGUCUCUGCCUUCCUUGGAGAUCCUAAUGAUUGGCGAAAACCCCAUUCUUGGUCUGGAGGAGAAAAACUUCCUGCCUUUGUCCCGGCUUCAUAGCCUGGUUCUGGCAGGGAUGGGCCUGGCAUCGGUUCCUUCUGCUGCUUUCCUGGGUCUGGACUACCUGGAGAGUCUGUCCUUUUAUGACAACCAGCUCAGGUCAGUUCCACGUGACGCUUUGAAUGUGCUACCUAACCUGAAGUUUUUGGACCUGAAUCGGAAUCCGAUCAGCCGAGUCCAGCAGGGGGACUUCCAGAACCUUCAGCAUCUGGAAGAGCUCAGUCUAAACAACAUGGACGAUCUGAUGAUAGUAGAACAAAAAGCCUUCCAGAAUCUUCCAGAGCUGGUCAAACUGGAGCUCUGCAACAAUCAACAACUGUCCUACAUUGACCCCCAGGCCUUCAGCGCUCUGCCGUCUUUAAGGACACUCCUCCUCCACAACAGUAAUCUCCGUCUCCUGUCAGGUGACCUCCUCUCGUGGCUUCCCUCUCUAGAGGAGUUGUCACUGCACUCCAACCCGCUUCGAUGCGACUGCCUCUCUUCAUGGGGGCGUUACCUCGGUAACCACUCUCACGUAAAACUACUGGAGUCGUCCAUCACCACUUGCUCUACUCCGCAGAGCCUCAUUGGUCGAGAGUUGCAGGAGCUGGUAGCCUGGGGAGGUGGCGCAGCCAAUAGCUGCUUGCCUCUUAUUUCUCCUCACUCCUUUCCAUCAGUCAUGAAUGUCAGCACCGGGCAGCCAAUCCGAUUAGAGUGCUGGGCUGAUGCUGACCCUGUCUCCCAGUACUACUGGGUUACGCCUGCAGGAGACAAAGUGAGCUCAGAGGCUGUGCCGGCACCAAUUAUAUCCCAGGAGGGGCGUGGCCUAAACAGACAGGAUGAGAAGAAGAAAAAGAAGCAUCAUGUGUCAGAACCCGGAGCUUUGGUAAUCCAAAAUGCUGAGCCCUCAGAUGCAGGUAUUUACACUUGUGUGGCCUGGAACUCUGAUGGUGCAGACACCAGGAGCAUCUCAGUGUACGUGGACUCUCAGGCAUCUUGGUCCAGUGGCCGAACUUGGUCAGAGGAGGAUGGCCACAGGAAACAGCCAUUGUCGGAGAAUUCUUCAGGUGCUACAGCUUCUCUGGUGGUCCUGGCCAAGGUGGUUCAUGCUCAGUCUGUGGUCCUGGAGUGGAGGUUGUAUCAGAACCAGCUGGACGCUCGGACCCACUUGUCUCAUUGGACCAGUGCAUUUGUUCAUAUUGACAAUCCACAGAUCAGCUACACUGCAGAGGUUCCAGUGGACGUUAAGGAAUAUAAUCUGACUCACCUCCUCCCCGCCACUGAGUACCACGUUUGCCUCACAGUCUCCUCCUCCUCCUCCUUUCCGUCCUCCACCUCUUCCCCCUCCUCCCCUUCGUUCCCCCUCACCUCUUCUUCUGUGCACACGUCCUGUCUGAACGUGACCACUAAGGAGGCGGGUUUUUCAGUGGAGCAGGUGGCCUCGCAGCGGCGAGGGGUAGCCCUGGCAGCGGUUAUGGGAUCCAUGUUUGCGUUGUCCAUCAUGACGCUGUUGACGCUUUACAUGCGGCGCCGCUUGCGGCAGCACGAGUCCUGCGGUCACUCGCUGAAGAUGUACGUCCAGCAGGCGGCUUCAAUCCCCCUGAGCGAGCUGUACCCGCCGCUCAUCACGUUAUGGGAGAGUGAGGCAGAGAAGGACAAGGAUGACAAGGAGGAGGAAGAGAGGGGGCGGGGCCACAUUGACACCUCGAAGACGUACAUGUGGUAGCUUCUCAGGUGGGUAGGUUAGGGGUCCACAGUGACGCGUGUGGUGGUGCUUUAAUUUUAUUCCCGAGGCCACUCAGAGUAGAGGGGAAAAGAGUGGGAAAGAGAUGUGAGAGGUCACGUGACACAAUAUUAGCAGUUGGGAAUGAACUGGCCGAUUCAACGUUCUGGUGUUUUCACUAACUCCUUGAUUGGAGGAUUUUAGUCACCUUGGAGGAAACACAUUGUGAUUGAAUUUUCUCUCUUAGUUUGACAUAUUUUUUUGUCUUUAAUAAGCUUGUGUAGACUGCUUAUUGGGUAAGAUUAAAACGAAAAAAAAAAUCAUAUUUAAAAAAAACAUCUUCCUAUUAAAGUAUAUCUAUGAGGUCGGGUUUUUUUUGUUUUUGUGCAAAAUAUUAAUAUCACUGCCACUUUUAUUCUUUAACACAGCGUUUAAAUGUAGUAUGUAAAUUUCAGGGUGAAUUUUGGUGACUUUAUUACCCCCAAAAAUGUCUGUAUUUGAAGGCUUUUAAAGUCACCUCGAGUUAGAUUUUGUGGCUGCCGUGCUGCCUGAAUUAAAAAAAAACAACCAAAUAGUUCAAUUCGAAUUCUAUUUUGUUAAAAGUUGGAUCAAACCUAAAACACCAGAAUGUUUCCCGUGCGUGUGUAAUUGUGUCUUCUUGUCCUCUCCUCUCCUCUUUCUGUGUGAAGCACACUCAAAUUCUCUGCACUGCAAAAACUACGUACAAUUCUGUCUGAUUAUUGUAAUGAACUUGAACUUGCAUCACCGACACGUCACACAUAUCACCCACGAGCUGCUGCACUUAAAUCACGUUGUCCCUGUUCAGUCGAUGACCUGCCGAAGGACAUGUCUCAAAUUAAAUGUGUGUAUAAAUGCAAUGUCCAAGAUGCGGGACCACAAACCUCACCUUGACUUCAUUAUCAUCAGCGUAGCAUGGGAUACAUCCAAUCUUACCAAUCUUUUAUAUAUAUAUUUAUUAUUCUGUUCUGGAGCUGCGCACCACAAUCGUCACUAGGAGAAAUCUCAUGCAUGGAAAUUAAGAGUGACUUCUGACCUUUUACUUCACCCUGUCUCACUGGUUGCUGUGGGCAGGUGUUUACACUACGUACUCGCAGUUUGUAUUUGCUCUUUAUUUGAAAAAGAAGUAGGAUGAUUUACAAAAAAA